UCAGAUUUAGAGUACAACUCUUACCGUAGAGGAUGCUUCUUUGGCUGAGGAGGUAGUGAGGCUGGUUUCAGACUAAAUAGUACGACUUUAUAAUAAUUUAUGGAGUUAAUUACAAACAGAACAGAAAGCAGGGUGAGCAGCGCAGCGAGAUGGUGACGAGAUCUUAAAGCAAAACAUGAAAGGUUGAACUUUCCUUGAUUACAGGAUAGGAUGGCGGCUGUAGGAGCCAUUUGGGCCAUCGUCGUGGUAACUGUUGUCACAUCCAAACCUGUAAGUCUGAAUGUAGGUGAAGAUUCUUCUAAGUCUUUAGAGUCUAGUGAGUCCACUUCAUCGGAGGAAACCUUCGGGCCCUCACAGGCUACGUUUACAGAGAGUGACGUACAAAUGGACCCAUCGCUCCUUCCCCCUGCAGACUCAGGGCUUUUCUCCGUUUUGCCAGACCUGGAGGACCCCCAGACCUCCACCGACACUGGUGCUUCACCCAUCGAGCCAAAGAGCCCGUGUCAAAAUGCUCCCGGUGAAGACGAUUCCCAGCUGGUCUGCAACUCUGAAGCAUUUGUGGAUGCUGGUGAAAUCACUGGUUCAACCACUCCCAACAUCCUCGGCCCCUUCCAGGAGACCCCACAGGAUACUGCACCCCCUCCCCUGCAGCUGGUCACACCAGCACCCCCCUCACUCUCCACAGACUCACCACUAGUGACCCCCAGUGACCCGACUCCGACUGGAGCUCCGCUUUGUUUAACGAUCCAGCUCACAACUCCUGAGCCAGCUCCACCGAGAGGAGACAGCAUGUGA